GUCGCCAUAAGUAACGCUCCGGACCUCCUAACCUUCCCCUCUCUACGGCUCGCCUUCUUCUCCCCACCGUCGAUUCUCCCUAUCUCGCCUCAAUCUUCACACGUGGCCCUCUGCCAAGCCGGCCAACGUACGCAGAGCGACUGCACCGAAUUUGUCGUUGCCCCCCACGCCCAGCUCAACCGUUCCAGUAUUUCGCCUCCGUCCACGGCUCGCCAUGGCAGCGUAUAUCAACCUUAGCUUGCAGGGAACCGUCUAUUUUGCUGCACAUCGUUCUGCCGAAGAUGGCGCCAUGCUGCAAUUGUAUUCAAGCAGGCUUAUGGGCGUAGCAAGAGAAUCUACCUUUGAUGUUUUGUACUCGCAGGUUGCCCGAGAUUGGCAUCAGCAGGACGACCUCGUUACACCCUUUAACGACCGCCGAUGGACUCACGUUAGAGCAGUCUGGACCUUUGACCUUGAUCGCGAUAUUCUGCGAUUAGACCAAAGAGAUCGCAACCUUUGGGUUCCUCUCAACCUUGUUCGCCAGCGUUCUAUAACCAUUUCCGAUUUCGAGCCUUACGAAUCACCGCCGACACUCGCUAAACACGCCUUACAAUCCGUCUACUCAGCGCCGUGCUGGAAAAUGAGACGCAAGGAUAUUAACCUGCAGCGCCUACAGCGGCGCAAGGCUUUCGUCUCUAGGAUACUCGCCGACUUUGCGUUCCAGUGGAGGCACGUCCUCUGUGGUCGUUACAACAACUCUACGUUUCGAAGGCUUGCCAAUGCUAUCGUCAGGAUUGUUACUCUAGACUUUACCGUUAAAGAAGCAACGCUCUCACGCCAGGGUACUGGCGGCUUCCUGGUCUGGAUAGACAACCUCCCAGAGUGGGGCUUUGCAAGUGGACACAUUGUCAGGGUCGGUGGGACGUCCAUCGUCAUAUGCCAGCAUGCUCCGCACGCGGUCACGCUGGUCCGAAAGGAUUUCGCGAAGCAGAUCCUGUCUACUCCUGGUUCGGCAGAAAAAAGUCUCACUUACCUCAUACUCUCGGUGCGGGAGCUUAUUCUAUAUCGGAUAAACAGCGAGCUCGAAAGAUACACGGAACCCAAGCGUCUAUUUAAUGGGAUGCAUCCUCCUUCUGACGAAGCUAUCGAGCUCCUUCUCCAAGCCACGCAAACCAGCGCCCCUACGGCUCCUCUUCGCAAGCUCCCCGUUGAGCUACAGGAUGCUAUCCUUGGCAAGGUAUCAGCGGGACCAAUUGAGAGCGCCAGGGUUGGCUGCUUACUUGACGCUGGGUCAGUUUUUACAUGGAGGUGCGGCAACCGAAACAUUGAAAGAGAAGAGGGCUGUCGGUCUAGAACGCCUUGGACUCCUGUGGAGUCGCAUAUUUGUUUCGAUGGCUACCCUAGUGGUAUAGCAUACAAGUAAACGUGUUCGAAACGCCCAUUGUAAGAUAUCAAUCUAAUCUAUUAAUCUAUCGCACAGUAGGAAGCUUGACGAUUGCAUUGACUAUCGAUGGAUCGUGAGUCGUACUCCCUAAAUAUCCCUUACAAAACCGAUAGAAAACCCGAAAGAUCUCCAUCCAACGAUCAUCCGAUAUUGGCGGUACGAUAUCCGUCACUCCCAUUGACGACCCACCUGCUAGUCUACACGAACGGCAUGGGGUUAUCCUUAAUGUGUCGACCCCAGGCUACAA